GGUAAGUUAAUCAUCAUGGAGAAGAUAUAUUUUCCCUUUAUCUUUUCAGUAUGUCCUUUACAAGAUUGUUUCUUAAUGGCCAACUACUUGACUUCAACAAUCUCUGGAUGAUUUGAGCUCCUGUCAAAGAGAUACGCUUGGGAAGAUGUUUUAAUCCUCAAGAACUCUUUGUUUUAUGCAAAACAAACUAGGGAGAAAUUAGCCUUUCUUACCUUGUAGAGCCUCUACACAUGUGUUUUACUGCCUGAUCUCCUUUUUAUAUGAGAGAUAGACUCAUUUACUAUGAUACAGCCUCUAUGAGGUUGUAUGGUCCAGUCUUUUAGCUUGUGAGUUAUACAACUUUUUGUCUUUAAUGGCUGACUUUCUGAUUUAAAGGCUGUAUUAAAACCACCUUGAGAGGCUCGAUUAGAGAGACUCUCACCUACACCUAAUGAUUAUGAAUCACAAGGGCCCAUUGUGAUAAAGUUGUUCAGAGCUUUUCUGGAGAGAAUUAGUUAUCAUGCUCUGUAUGACUCAUGAAGGGCUUUGGUGUUCUAGUUGAGAGACUGGCAAAAGUUGACAAUAACAAUGCUCCCAAGCAAACUAAUGAUAAUCAAUGUUUUAUGGAAAUCCUAAUUUACAAAAUUUAAUUCUUUCAUGAAAAGAGGCAGUUCUCCUACCCAGAAUGAAGAAAUCCUAAAGAGCUUCUUGAUAAUCUCUUCUGAUUAUUUUGAUUGAACUAGCUCAUACAGACUAUUUAUAAGAGCGCAUCAGUGCAUAUUUUAAUGAGCCAAAGCUUCUCAAAAAUUUUUAAAGAUGGUAGACUACCAAUAUGGCCCAGAGUGGUAGUCUUUGUUAAAAAAUUUAACUUUAUCUUUUUAAAGUGGCAUGCAUU